AUGGAUUCAGUGAGGAGCUUAGCAUCAUGCAAGCCAGUGGUGAUCUUCAGCAAGAGUUCCUGCUUCAUGAGCCACAGUAUCAAGUCUCUGGUCACCAGUUUUGGGGCAAACGCCACCGUUUAUGAGCUUGAUGAGCUCCCCAAUGGGCAGCAACUUGAAAGAGAGCUGGUGGCAUCUGGGCUCAGACCCACUGUUCCUGCAGUUUAUAUAGGUGGAGAUUUUGUUGGUGGUGAAAAUGAAAUCAUGUCCCUUCAUCUCAAGGGCCAACUCGUCCCACUCCUCAAGAAAGCUAAAGCCAUAUGGGUCUAA